AUGCGCGCCGCCGCCGCCCAGGGCCCGGAGGCGCCCAAGGCGGACCUGGCGGCUUCCAAAGAGAAGCAGAUCGCCGCCCUGCUCAAGUACGUCGAUUGGGCGCAGGAGAAGGGCCAGGACCAGACGCGCGCCUUUGCCCUCUUCCGCUUCCACGUCUGGUUCGACGGCUACGACCGCGGCAAGCUGGUGACGCCCGUCUACUCCGACGUGGCGGUCACCAUUCAAAAGUGGCGCUGCGACCAGGGCAUCAAGCUCUACAUCCUCUCCAACGGCUGGACCGAGGCGACGAAGAAGUUCAUGGCGAAGACCAGUCACGGCGACCUGAACCUCCUCAUCGAGGAGCACUNGCUCUACAUCCUCUCCAACGGCUGGACCGAGGCGACGAAGAAGUUCAUGGCGAAGACCAGUCACGGCGACCUGAACCUCCUCAUCGAGGAGCACUUUGACUCGGAGCUGGGCCCGCUGACCGCCCCCGACACCUACGGAAAGGUGCUGGAGAAGAUCGGUCUCGCUACCGCCGAUGUGGUCUUCCUCACGAAAAGUCCCGAAGAGGGCAAGGCGGCCAAGGACGGCGGACUGAAUGUGAUUCUGGUGUUGACACAUCGGCAGAGCGUCGACCAGGCGCUGGCUCUCUGCAAGGAGAUCCCCAUCGCCCGCACCUUCACCGAGAUUGAGUUCAUCUGA